CAUAUUUUAUGACCAGACCUUAGUCUUCCUCUAACUUUGUCCCCAAUUGACGCUUUACUCACUCACUCCCUCACUCCCUCACUCCCUACUCGCUCUCCGCCACCCGGGUGGCGCGUCAGUCUCAACUGCCGCAUUUUCAUCGGCUUCUUCACGCGAUCAUUGGUGAUUUUUUUGUUUCUCUGGUUUCUGCAGUGUUGGAAUGGUGGUCCUGCAAUGUUGGAGUGGUGUUUUUGGUGUAGACCACAAGGGUGAGGAAGUUGGUCCCUUUUGGCAUCAUUACAGUGGUCUGUGAAAUAACUUGCUGGACGACGCUAUUGCAGACUCAAAUUAGUGUCCGUUGGCCGACACAUCUUGAAUUAGCUUCGGUGGUUUUUUCGUGGUUCUCUAUCCGACACUGAACCGACAAUACAUUUGAAUUUGUGUCGGCUUUAGCUCCUUAGCGUCCGUUUUUGGCCGACGCUAAUCCCUUAUUUUCUUGUAGUGAGCAAAUGAAGACGCGUGAGUUGAAGUAUGAAGCAGGAGACGAAGCAUGAAGGUGUGGACGUUAGACGCAGCGUUGCAGCGGUGCGAAUGGCCGAGGCACUUCAGAGAGAUUCUCUCACAAACGAUCCUCACCGGCCUCAUCGCAGACCCCUACGCCGCAAGCAGACUCAUAAACUUCUCUACUCGCUCCGCUCUCGUUCCCUUCCACUAUUCCCUCCGAAUCUUCAAUCAUCUUCACAACCCCAACGCCUUCACAUGGAACACCAUCAUGCGCGCCCAUUUCGAACUCCAAAACAACCCCCACCAAGCCCUCACACUCUACAAGCUCUUCCUUGCGAAACACGCGAAACCCGAUAACUACACCUACCCAACUCUCCUUCAAUGCUGCGCUGCCCGGGUGUCCGAGUUCGAGGGAAGGGAGCUGCACACACAUGUCGUGAGGUUUGGUUUCCAUCAAGAUGUGUACGUCCGGAACACACUGAUCAACUUCUAUGCAGUAUGUGGGAGCAUGCCCAGUGCGCGCCAGGUGUUUGAGGAAAGUCCUGUGCCGGAUGUUGUCUCUUGGAAUACUGUUUUGGCGGGGUAUGUUCAGGCAGGAAAUGUGGAGGAGGCGGAACGUGUGUAUAGGGGAAUGCCGGAGAGGAACACCAUUGCUUCGAAUUCCAUGAUUGUGCUCUUUGGAAGGAAGGGGUGUGUGGAGAAGGCGCGGCGGAUUUUUGAUGAAGUUCGAGGGAGGGAUAUGGACAUGGUGUCGUGGAGUGCGAUGGUUUCUUGUUAUGAGCGGAAUGAGAUGUGUGAAGAGGCGUUGGUUUUGUUUGUGGAGAUGAAGGCGAGUGGGGUGGCAGUGGAUGAGAUCGUUGUGGUUAGUGUUGUAUCCGCGUGUUCGCGAAUUUUGAAUGCUGAGAUGGGGAGGUUGGUGCAUGGUUUGGCGGCGAAAGUUGGGGUUGAGGAUUAUGUUAGUCUUAAGAAUGCUUUGAUACAUUUGUACUCUAGUUGCGGGGAGAUAGUGGAUGCGCAAAGAAUUUUUGAUGAUGGUGGUGUUCUUUUGGAUCUAAUAUCUUGGAACUCGAUGAUUUCUGGGUACUUGAGGUGUGGUUCGAUUGAAGAUGCUGAGAAGUUGUUUUAUUCCAUGCCGGAGAAGGACGUUGUGUCUUGGAGUGCCAUGAUAUUUGGUUAUGCUCAACAUGAAUGUUUCUCGGAGGCUUUGGCAUUGUUCCAAGAAAUGCAGCUUCAUGGGGUCAGGCCAGACGAAACUGCUUUAGUGAGUGCCAUCUCGGCUUGCACUCAUUUGGCUGCUUUGGACUUAGGGAAAUGGAUUCAUGCAUAUAUAAAUAAAAAUAAAUUACAGGUUAACACUAUUCUGAGCACCACUCUUAUAGACAUGUAUGUGAAAUGCGGGUGUGUGGAAAAUGCAUUGGAGGUUUUCUAUGCGAUGGAGGAAAAGGGGGUUUCUACCUGGAAUGCAAUCAUUCUUGGGUUGGCAAUGAAUGGUUUGGUAGAACAGUCACUCAACAUGUUUGCAGAUAUGAAAAAAAGUAAUACACUUCCUAAUGAGAUAACAUUUAUGGGAGUUCUUGGGGCCUGUCGGCACAUGGGCCUAGUCGAUGAGGGGCGUCACUACUUUAGUUCCAUGAUCCACGAACACAAAAUAGAGCCUAAUAUUAAGCACUACGGAUGCAUGGUUGAUCUUUUUGGACGUGCAGGUUUUCUUAAAGAAGCGGAGGAACUGAUUGAGAGUAUGCCAAUGGCACCUGAUGUUGCCACUUGGGGUGCCUUGCUUGGGGCUUGUAGAAAACACCAUGACCAUGAAAUGGGAGAGAGGGUGGGCAGAAAACUUAUUCAGCUUCAGCCUAACCAUGAUGGUUUCCAUGUAUUAUUGUCAAAUAUAUAUGCUUCAAAAGGAAAUUGGGGCAAUGUUCUCGAAAUUAGGGGAAUUAUGACACAACAUGGGGUGGUAAAGACACCUGGUUGUAGCAUGAUUGAAGUAAAUGGGAUAGUUAAUGAAUUUUUGGCUGGAGAUAAGACUCACCCACAAAUAAGUGAUAUUGAGCACAUGUUAGAUGAAGUGGCAGCAAAACUAAAGAUUGAGGGCUAUGUACCUACCACAAGUGAGGUUUCACUAGACAUAGACGAUGAAGAGAAGGAAAUUGCACUUUUCAGGCACAGUGAGAAACUUGCAGUCACCUUUGGGCUUAUCACUAUUGCUCCACCAACUCCAAUCAGAGUUAUGAAGAACUUGCGCAUUUGUAAUGAUUGCCACACUGUUGUAAAGUUAAUCUCUAAAGCAUUUGAUCGUGAAAUUGUGGUAAGGGAUCGUCAUCGCUUUCACCACUUUAGGCAUGGAGCUUGUUCCUGUAUGGACUUUUGGUAACAAAGCGUCCUGGCUAUUAAAGUGAGUGAGUAUUUUACGUUUAAGGAACAUACACUCAAUUUUUCAUGGUUGACUCAAAUAUCAAGCUAUGGAAUCAAAUUUUGUUCAUUUUUGUGAUCUUGUUGGUAAAGAAUGACGGAUAAGGAGUACCUUCUAGUCCAGGAUAAUAUCACUACAAGAUUCCUGAAGAGAAAUGAUUUAUGGCAAUGCUAAUUGAGUUUGCAUUCAACGAUUGGUCUCUGGGAAAGUUUGCAAAAUUCCAAAAAUUCUCGUUCAAUCACCAUCAUCUCUGGUUCAAUGGCCAUUCUUGAGCAGUUGAGUUAUUACAGGAACUCAUCUAUAGUACUUGUUUUUUGAACCAAGCUCUUUCCUUAGGCUUGUAAUAGGUUUCUUGGACUAACGGAAUAAGUUUUCUGGGUGAGUGAUGGAUGGAGACCUUCUUGGAUCAACGAGGGGGGGGGGGGGGUCUGACUCUUUGAAUAAGUUCCUUGGUUGAUAAGCUUUCACAUGGAUUAGGCACGACUAAGAAAGGUUGAUAAUGGUUCUUGAGAUCAAGAACUUGCAGUAGUGCUGCGGAAGCAAAGAGGAGAAGAAGGAGCAAGGAUGCUUCUUGGAUUAGUUCUUGGCUUUCUUUUGGCUCAAGAAGGCCUCGACAAACGGGUGGUAUUCUUGGAGUUUGAUGAAGGUUUGGAUGUACUUGAACAAGGUAACUGAGAGGUUUUUAGGUGGUGGGGUGGUUUCUAUGGAGGUUGGUGGUGGUUCUUGGCAGCCAAGUGGUGGAAGUUCACCAAAGCCUAGACCAAGAUGGAAGGAGGAAACCGAAAGGUGCAAGCUUAGGGGGCAGUACUUUUAUUUGUGUAGAACUCAUUCAUUUACUCCAAAAGAAAUAUACAAGGUUGUGCAUGUUCGUCUAAAAUCUAAAAGAAUAUGUAGUACAAGAGUAUUAUUACGCAAAUAAAUACUACUUUUUUGGUGAUAGCUAAUGAUCAAUGAAAAAUGCAAAGUCAAUGUUUCACUGGACGAAAAUAUACAAAGAUUAAACAACAAUUUUGUGGACAGGCUGAUGAGUCUCGGUUUGAUUGAGUUUUCUAAGCUAAAUGCAUCUCUUUGCUUACCUUUUGUCUUUAAUUUCUUAGUUUUAGUUUUGUUUGCUUAAUUCUUAGUUUUUCUUAAUAUGUUUUAAAUAAGUGUUUGUAGAUAGGAUGUUUAGUGUAGUUUCUAAAUUAGUAGAUUUCUAGUCUUUGUAAGUAAUAUAGUGUACCUUUAUGUUUAGCUGAUCUUCAAUUUGCAUGUCAAUUGUAGAAUUCAGUUCUGUUGUUACUAGAAUUUAGUUUUGAUAGUCUUUCAUAAUUUUUUAGCUUGGUGAUUUUAGUGUUUUAACUCACUGUUUUUAGAUAGUUAAUUUAUAAAUAGUAAAAGUUAUAUUUGAUUCUUAAUCUUUACCGGUAGAUUUUUGUUAUAUUUUUGUUUGUUUUUUUAGUCAACAUAAAUAAUUCAAGUCAUGGUAGUCAAAAUACGCGAUAAAUUCAUACGAGUUUACAAUUUUUUCCCCCUCCAAUCCUAUUCCACUUAAAACUCAUAAUAUUUUUGGAUUGUGUUGGAUUAUCGUUGUAAAUCACAACUCGUGUGGGAGUGACGAUUCUUGCGAUGUAGUUGACAAAGUUCGCGACUUGUUGGUUCUCUUGUGGCCUCACGUCGGUAUCCCUCAGCAACAGUGAUGAUUGUUGUAGCGACGAUUUUCGUGGCGGCAACUCUCGUGGCGGCAACUCUCGUCGACAUCAAGCAAUAGGAGCUACAACUCACGCUAGUCUCUUUCCUUGUAAGGGGUGGUGGAAUUGGGACAUGUUACAGUCCCUAAUUCUUUAAUGUAUUUUAUAAAUAUUUUAAAAGUCCAAAUUCAAAGGCCAUGACUCUCAAAUGUAAAAGUAGGUAACAACAUCGCACACAAAAAUAAAAGUAACUUCAGAGUGUGUGUUCUUACAAGGAAUUAUUGUUCAAAGGUAAUAGAAAGCAUUGAUUUGAGAGA